AUGCCCCAGCUCUCUCCUCCUAUCAGCAGCACGAUGACCCCUGACGAGAUACUAAGGAAGUACGGAUGGGUGGAGGAUAACCCGUAUAGCGACAUGCGGGAAGUGUGGAACACAUACUGGAACAAGGAGGUGGAGCCCCUGCAGGCAGAAUGUCCGUCGGAGUGGCAGGCAGCUUUGGAUGCGAUAAGCGACGAAAGAGUACCGGAACUCAUCGAACUGGCAAUGCGAUUCGGCGUGAUCAGUGAGGACGAGCCGAGGCUACCCGAAAUCGCUUACUACGACGUUGGCUGCCUGUCGCUGCACUUUGAGUCCACAGAUGGCCGUCUUAUCGAGUUCCAUCAGUAUCCGCAGCUAUGCGGCGAGAUCGGAGGCUUGCGCAACGAGAAGAGGCGAGGCGGUGUGGUGGUCACGGGUCAAUCCGGCAGUGGCAAAACCUUCUUCAUGUUCUACUUCCUCAUCCAGGCCUUGAUGCGCACCGAGCCUGUCUUACUCUCUAUGUGCGAUGAAGAACAUUACCUCUUCUUACCAGAUGGCGUGUGGGCAUUGAAGAAGCAUAUCGCAGAUCCAGACUCUAGUAGUCGACAGGAUUUCUUGCGUGUUGUUCCUAAGGGUACCUGGGCGCUUGUCAACUGCGAUGAUAUGCGAUCUGCGCCUUCAUCUGCGUUGUCCCACGGCCUCGUCUUCUUUCCGGUUUACUUUGCUCCCCCGCACUCAGGAAAGUACGACGCCCUCCUUGCGGUGUCACAUCCCCCAUUCUUACGGAUCAUGUCGCCCAUGACCUCGCGCGAGAUUGUUGCAUGCUGCGCUGUGUUGAGUGAAGAUUUGGCUCAAGAUCGCUCCCAUCUCUCUUUGAAAGGAGUUCUGAACCAUAUGGGCGUGUUUGGUCACGCGCCCAAGCCUUGUCUGGAGUCGAUGCAGGGCAUCACCCUUGAGUCCGCUAUCCGUGCAGUGACCAGAGACAUUCAGAAGGUCAAUCUCGAGCAGUUACGACACAUACUCGUCUCUCUCGACCAGACAGACGACGGGUCGCUGAGCUACACUAGCAUCGACAUCAUGUGGGACACGCACUUUCGCGCCCUAUUCAUGAUACAGCGCAUUGAUGAUUGGCCGUCCGACCAUGUCACUCUAUCGUUUGCGUCCACUUGGAUAUUGCAGCGCAUCCUCGAGAGCUUCACCCUCAGGCAGAGGGACUAUACGCGGACCUUCGUGUCUGUAUUGCUUCAGGAUCAUCGCAAACUCGGGUCCGCUACCGGCGUCAUGUUCGAGAGUCUGAUGCAUCAUGUUCUAUCUGCAGCGCCGUCAGAAUGGGACGGGCGGUUCGACCUCAUAGAGAUCGAACUCGAUGGACCAGCCCAGCGUAUGAAGGACAAUCCGCACGCGGUAGAGAUCACCCAUAUCUUCCGUAAGCGCGCCCUGUUGUGGUACUUCACCCGCUGUCCUCCCAAGUUCCAUACGCAACAAUACUUCGUUCCCGAGUCUGCUAAGAACCCAACUUUCGACGCUGUCAUCUACGACCGGCUGGUUCCGGAGGUCGUGCCCGUUAUCCCCGAAGAUCAGGAUAGAGGACGCAGAGCGCAUGAUAGGCGCGCUUUCAUGAUCCGAGGACAAUCAGAGUCCAGCCGUCGCUCCGUAUCGGCAGCAACUCCCGUCGAUGGAUACGGGAGACGAGGAGAAUCAGCGAGCAUCGACUUCGAGUCAGCGAUGGCUUAUCCGAGUCGAAGGUCGACAUCUAUGGGCACUCGAGCCGCCUCCUCGUCGGUCGCACCGUGUGGUCCGAGUCCCACUCCCUUCUCGUCUCGUUCACGCUCCAACACCCAUAUGUCGAGCGUAUACUCAUCGCGCGAGCGAUCAUCCGCUCCUGACAAGACAACACCUGGUGUCAGGGUGAUCAAGCGCAAGAAGUCUGCAGUGGAUAGGCCACCCUCUUCGAAGACGGGCCAUAAAGUGGCCAAGACUUGGGACGAGAGUCAACACUGCAUUGCGCUGCAGAUGACCAUCGCUGCCGUACACAAAGUCAAAGACGAGGGCCUCGAGCGCCUGAUGGACUCUUUCGAGCCUAGACAUGGCAAUUGGUCGUUCAUCUUCGUCACGCCGAAGUCGAGGCCGAUGAAUAUGAAGGAGCAGAAGAAGAUAUUGGAGAAGCUCGAUGAGAGUUGGCGCAACAAGUUUCGCUGGUAUAAUCUCAUAGUGGACAUUGCACAUCCCGGCUAUUUGGACGUGGACCUACCUGGCGUCGGGGCAGAUUCAGACGAUACUGGCUCAGACAUCGUUACGGUGCCGACUGAUGCGGACACAGUCGGCGAUGCAGUAGUAGCAUAG